UUUUAUAGUUUAUAUAGAAACAUAUAAACAUAACAUAACGCGCACACACACUCUCACUCACUCACUCAUCACCGGCCGGCGACACCAUUCGCCGGAGGAACUCAUUAUUAUCAAUCAGAACAAGCUUCACACUCCUUUCACAUUCUUCUUUGUUUUCUGCAAAUUCUGAUAUCCAAUCGGGAAAACUGAAUAACUUUGGAGCAUAACAAACACUAACUGUUUUCAUGUGCUGCUUCUUUUGCACGAUGCUGUUUUUGUAACAGAAGCUAAAAAGAAGAAAAAGUAGGAGGAGGAGGAGGAGGAGCAAAACGACGGCGUAUGAUGCUGUGCAGGAAAAGUUCUCGAAACGGCGUCGUUUCGGGAUCGGUGCCGGUGUACCUGAACGUCUACGAUCUUACGCCAAUUAACGGUUACGCUUACUGGUUCGGACUCGGAGUGUACCAUUCCGGCGUCGAAGAACGAACUGUCUCAGAUCUAGGAUCUGUUAGUGAAAAGAAAAAUGUGCACAGUGUGGAGUAUGCAUUUGGGGCUCACGAGUACUCAUCGACGGGGAUAUUCGAAGGGGAACCAAAGAGGUGUGAAGGGUUUAGAUUCAGGAAGACAAUACUGAUUGGGAAGACAGAUAUGGGGCCGGAUGAAGUGAGAGCGGUGAUGGAAGAACUUGCAGCUGACUACAGAGGCAAUGCCUACAACUUGAUCACCAAAAACUGUAACCAUUUCUGCAAUGAUACUUGUCUUAGGCUAACCGGAAAUCCUAUUCCCAGUUGGGUCAAUCGUCUUGCCCGAAUUGGUUUUAUGUGCAACUGUGUUCUUCCCGUGACAUUGAACUCGACCAAAGUUAGGCAUCAUAGAAUAGAAGACAAGCCAUGUGAAGCAGAGAAGCAAGCAUUGAAAAGUGACUCAGACAACAACAACAAAGAUAAGAACAUUGCUUCAACAAAUUCAACAUCUACUUCUUCCCCAGCGUCCUCUACUUCCUCGGGGAUUCGCAGGGGAAGAAGUAGAACUAGGCGAGCCCUUCCACCAUCGUCGCCUUUGAUUAUUGGCUCUUCUUCUUCGUCAUAAACUCAUAAUGAUGUGCAAAAAUUGAUUUUUUUUUAAAAAAAUCUUUGUUGUUUAGCUCAAUUAAAGAAGUUGCUUUAACAGAAAAAAGAAGCAACUAACUGGGUUUUUCAAAUUGAAAUUUUUUAUGCUUCAUUCUUUUCAUCCAAUGAUCUUAUAAAUAUAUCUUCAUUUUUAGGGAGAGCAAAAAAAUGGGAUAUUGACAAUUUGUAAUACCUAGUAUCUUGCACUU